CGUUUAUAGUAGUAGCAGUAUUAGUAACUUUCCCGCGCUUUUUUCCUUGAGCAAACGAUCAAGAACAUGAAAGCUAUUCGCAUCAACACUGCCGCAACCUUUGACCAGACGCUACAAAAGACACUCCAAGAACAUUCCCCCGUCUUUGUUUUGUUCUUUGGUAACGAAUUACCCGAGACCUCUGAAUCCUGGUGUCCCGAUUGCGUGAUUGCCGAUCCUCGCGUUCGUAAAGCCGUCCUGGACCAUGAUGCUUCUUCCAAGUCGUCUGCUUUAUUGGAAGUCCCCGUGGGUCUUCGCGACGCAUGGAGAAGUGAUACCAACCAUUACCGCUCAAGGUUUUCUUUGACUGCUAUUCCAACUUUAAUUCAUUGGACAAAGAGUGGACCAGGUGAAAGAUUGGUCGAAGUAGAUUGUGCAGACUCCACAAAGUUGCAAGCAUUUGUAGAAAAAUCAAGCCCUCAAGAUUAAAACAAUAAACUGUUCUUUUGGGAGGGUUGAUGAUGGGAUAAGGGACAGGUUAGCGGAAAAUGUAAUAUAA